AUGGAUUCCCAGAACUCUGUUACACCAUCUGAAGGGUUUGUAAAUCUGUUAUCCAGUCAGUACAACACUGACACAUACUCACCGUGCAUAGACUUAGGAUCAUCAGAAAUGCCUUCGUUUAGUACGCAAGGCACUGAAGAGCCAACUGAGAAUGCAUUGAAGAGGAAAAUAUGGUCGCCGAAAGAAGACUUGGUCCUCAUAAGUGCGUGGCUCAGCACCAGCAAGGACCCGAUAGUCAGGAAUGAACAGCGUUUAGGUUCGUUCUGGAAGCGGAUUCAGUUGUAUUACAACGCAAGCCAAGAUCUUGAGGGACUCCCAAGGAGAGAGUGGACUCAAUGCAAGCAACGGUGGGGAAGGUUAAAUGAUCAGGUUUGCAAAUUUGUGGGCUCAUACGCAGCUGCGCUAAAGGAGAAAUCAUCGGGUCAGAAUGACAACGACGUGAUGAAGCUCGCACAUGAGAUCUUCUUCAAUGACUACGGCAUCAAGUUUGGCCUGGAACAUGCAUGGAGAGAGUUGAGGCACGACCAAAAAUGGUGCACGAGUGGCAAAGCUCCGGAUGGUGCGUCAUCAAAAAGAAGUAAGGUGGAAGACUCGGCUCAGUCUUCAACCUCCAUGCCGGCAAGCGACAAUGACCAUGGGGUCGAGGCUCGUCCGCCUGGAGUCAAGGCUUCUAAGGCCAGUGCGAAAAACUCAGCAAGUGUUAAAGCCGACAACAAGGACAUGAAGGAGUUUUCUUCAAUGUGGGAAAUGAAACAAAGGGAUCGAGAGCUGAAAGAUAAGAUUAGGGACAAGAGGAUACUUGAGAGCCUUUUAGCUAAAACUGAACCAAUUAAUGAGAUUGAAAUGACACUUAAAACCAAGUUAAUUAGGGCUAUGUAUGAUCUUUAG